AUGUCCUCUAAUUCCCAGAAACGGAAGAUUCAUUCUUCCAUCACAGAAAUAUCUCAUGCAAUCGAUAGGUCGAUUAGUGAGAAUGUUUUCCCUAUUGCCAAAACAAGUGAUGAGGAUAAGUACUUCUUGACCAACCCAUCACCACCUUAUCUCGAAGAGUUGGUCAAAGAAGCUGCUAGCUUUAUUGAAUUGCAACACUCCUCGAAUCGUGAGAGAAUCGUUUUAGUGACAUCGGGUGGUACGACAGUACCUUUAGAGAAUAAUACCGUGAGAUUCAUUGAUAACUUUUCUGCUGGGACAAGAGGUGCUUCAAGUGCUGAGCAAUUUCUGAAAAACGGGUACUCAGUAAUAUUUCUUCAUCGUGAAUUUUCGUUGACACCAUAUAAUAGAUUUUUCACCCACAACGUUGGCAGUUGCUUUUUGGACUAUUUUAAUGAGAUCGGUACAGUUAAGGAAGAUUUCAGAGCAGAGAUAUUAGAGAAAAAAAAGCUUUACGAGAAAUAUACGAAUGAUGAGAAGCGCCUAAUACUUUUGCCAUUUACUACAGUUAAUCAGUAUCUUUGGUCCCUCAAAAGUAUUGCAAAGUUAUUAAACAGCAAAGGAAGCUUGUUUUAUCUUGCGGCUGCAGUCAGUGACUUUUUCGUUCCCUAUUCGAGAUUACCAGAGCAUAAAAUUCAAUCAAGAGACUACGGCGAUACCACCGAAGCAAAUAAUGAUGUCAAUUCCACCACGACACCGGAUGGGAAGUUAGUGGUCAAUCUAGACCCCGUUCCCAAGUUCUUACGAAGAUUAGUUGAAUCGUGGGCAAAACAGGCAAUGAUUGUUUCCUUCAAAUUGGAAACUGAUAUAAAUGUACUAAUUAAAAAGGCCACCCAAGCAUUGGACAGAUAUAAUCAUCAAUUGGUGGUCGGAAAUCUGCUGCAAACGAGGAAUAAAGAGGUCGUAUUCGUUGACCAAGAAAACAGAAAAGGUGAUUGGAUUAAGCUUGACCAUAGCGAGAACGUCAUCGAGGCGCUCAUUAUCCCAGAAGUAAUAAAACACCACGAUCGCUGGAUAAAACUUCAAGAGGAUUAA